AUGGGGUCAAUUCCAGAGUUAGAUACUGCCAGCCAGUCGGCGGUACCUGGCAUCAUUGAUGUCAGGUCUGAUACUGCCGGCAUCGAAUUGACACAGCUCAUUCAUGCCGGCUUGAAGCCUCAAAAUGGCGGCGAGAAGACCCUGCCGACUUUGCUGCUCUAUGACAACAAGGGCCUCAAGCUCUUCGAGCAGAUCACGUACUUGGAGCAGUACUACCUGACAGGCCAGGAGAUAUCUGCACUGGAGAGAUAUGCAGAGCGAAUUGCAGAAAGAAUUCCCUCGGGUGCGAUGGUCGUGGAGCUGGGCAGUGGCAAUCUGCGCAAAGUCAAGCUACUUCUGGAUGCCCUCGACCGCGCCGGAAAGGCGGUCUCUUACUACGCCUUGGAUUUGAUGCAGUCGGAGCUCGAGCGUACCUUGGCCGAUGUUCCAGCAGGCACCUUCAAGCACAUCAAGUGCUUUGGACUCUGGGGAACCUACGAUGAUGGGCUCGAAUGGCUCAAGUCGGCAGAGAACGCCACCAAACCGAAGACCAUUCUAUCACUGGGAUCGAGCAUCGGCAACUUUACCCGUCAAGAGGCACCGGACUUCAUCGCGCAGUUCGCGGAUAUACUGCAGCCGAACGAUUCGUUUGUAAUCGGUCUGGAUGCUUGCCAGGAUCCAGAAAAGGUGUACCAUGCCUACAACGACCGGGACGGCGUGACGCAUCAAUUCACCAUGAACGGUCUGGAUCAUGCAAACAGAUUACUCGGUCGCGAAGUAUUCCGUCCCGAUGACUGGGAAGCUAUUGGAGAGUACGACAAAGACGGUGAACGUCACCGUGCGUUCGUGGUUCCCAGGAGGGAUUUGCAAAUUGAAGGCGUUUCGCUUAAGCAAGGCGAAAAAGUGCGCAUCGAAGAGAGCUACAAGUACAACCGCAAACAGGCUGAUCAGCUGUGGGCUCAAGCAAACGUCAUCGAAAUUGCUAACUGGACCAAUGAAACUGGCACAUACGGCCUACACAUGCUCCUGAAACCGCUCGCAAUGAUUCCUACCAAGCCCGAGCAAUAUGCUGCCCAUCCAGUCCCAAGCCUCAAGGAGUGGGACGGGCUUUGGGCAAUAUGGGACAAAGUUACACGUCAGAUGAUACCGGACGAGGAGCUUUUCGAUAAGCCGAUCAAGCUCCGGAAUGCGUGCAUCUUCUACUUGGGUCACAUUCCGACCUUUUUCGAUAUCAAGCUGGUCGAAGCUACUGGCAUGAAGCCUACCGAGCCAAGCUAUUUCUACAACAUUUUCGAACGAGGCAUCGAUCCCGAUGUCGACAACCCAGAGCAGUGCCAUGCGCACAGUGAGAUUCCAGACACCUGGCCGGAGUUGGAAACGAUUCUGAAGUUCCAGGAUGCUGUUCGCCAGCGCGUAAAGGAUCUUUACAAGUCCGGCCAGGCCUACAGCGACAACUGGACUGGUCGUGCUUUGUGGCUGGGCUUCGAGCAUGAAGUCAUGCAUUUGGAGACGCUCCUUUACAUGCUCAUCCAGAGCGAUAAGACUCGAGCGCCUGAAGGAACCUUGAAACCUGACUUUGAGCAGCUGGCUGCACGAGCAAAGAACGAGGCUGUGCCAAAUCAGUGGUUUGACAUUCCUGAACAGACCAUCAAGAUUGGAUUGGACGACCCGGAUACCCCAGAGGGCCCGGUUCGACAUUUUGGCUGGGAUGUGGAGAAGCCAUCGCAUACCGUAAAGGUCCCUGCGUUCAAGGCUCAGGCACGCCCCAUCACCAUCGGCGAGUACGCCCGUUAUCUCAUCAACACGAAGAAGACCGACAUCCCCGCAUCGUGGACGGUGGAUACCGAGCAUCGACCUGACAGUGCUAACGCUCAAUCGAACGGAGACGCCGACAUUCAGGACUUCAUCAGCGGCAAGGCUGUGCGAACCCUUUAUGGCCCAGUGCCUCUCAAGUACGCCCUUGACUGGCCUGUCUCGGCUUCGUACGAUGAGCUGCAUGGAUGCGCGGUCUAUAUGGGUGGCCGCAUUCCCACAAUGGAAGAAGCUCGAAGCAUCUACGAGCACGUCGAAGGGAUCAAGAAGCGUGAAGCGGCACAAGCACACGCUCAGACGAUUCCUGCAGUCAAUGGCCACCUCGUCAAUGACGGCGUCGAGGAGACACCGCCAUCCAAGCCUGCUAUUAACGGCUCCCCCAGCACUGCAGCUGGUCCUGACCCCAACGAGCUCUACGUCGACCUUGAAGGUGCGAAUGUGGGCUUCGUGCAUUGGUCCCCCGUCCCUGUCACACAAAACGGCAACAAGCUUGCUGGACAGGGCGAAAUGGGUGGACUUUGGGAAUGGACCAGCUCAGUGUUGGAGCAGCGCGACGGCUUUGAGCCGAUGAAAUUAUACCCCGCUUAUAGUGCCGACUUCUACGACAACAAGCACAACGUCGUUUUGGGUGGAUCGUGGGCGACGCAUCCUCGCUUUGCUGGACGCAAGUCAGUUGUCAACUGGUACCAGCGCAACUACCCAUACGUUUGGGCUGGAGCCAGGCUUGUCAAGGACGCCUAA